AUGGCUGGCAUCUCCCAAGACAGAGUUCAUGUGUUCUCUAUUGAUGACAGCCUGUUAACCAAGUGCUUACUUGGGGCUUUAUUCGUAGGGGCAUGUUUCUGGGCAUGGAGAUGGAGCCAAGUGCGUGGGCUAUUAUCGGCGUCGAGUCGGAUGUCGGAGGAAAACGAGAUAAAAAGAAAGCCAGUCAUCAUGCCUUUGGAAGACUUCAGUUGGGAAUCGACAGAGCCACUACAACUUCGCCCCUUUCGGGGAAAGGAGAAGUAUAACCUGACCAUGGCUAUUGAGAAUCUAGAUCAAUCGGAGCUUAUUCAGAUGGACAAAACAUACCGAGACCGCAUCUCAAAGCGCAAGGAUGUACUAAAUCAGCACCAUGAUGUUGUUGUGGCCGUCAACGAUCCCCCGUUGAAAGACCCACGCAUUCGCACCGCAGUCAGCGAGCUCUAUAAAUUCAUACUGGGAACUUAUCUUCCAACCAGAUAUCCUACAAUGUUCCAACUAGACAGCAGUUCCAAAAAAGAGCCCCUGUUUGAGAAUCGUGUCACUGGUGCAAGAUGGCCAACAAUACUUACAGCGGACAUGCCUACGAUUCGAGCACUCGAGAUCCUCACACAAACCGUCGACGAAGAAUUUUUGGUCCUUUUACCGGACACUUCAGCGCCAGGAGAAACUUCUCCAUACGUCCUUCAAGCCUACGCGACGUGUUUCCCAUCUGGCUUCAACACGCGUGACAAGCUUGGUCUCCGACUAGCAGAUAUCCAUGGCCCGGUGCCUGGAUACGCAGAAAAAAUUGAGCGCAGCAUGGACAAAUUCUUCGCCAAGAUAGAAGUGGGAAGAUUUGUGAAGAGGGUUAAUUGGGGCGUUACAACGGAGACGGAUCUCUUUGCUGCAUUUGGAUCAGUUCAUGCUUCCCCAACUGUUGACCCACAAAAGGAGCAUGUCAUUCGACCUGGAAUGUUAAAUAUCGACCAGACAGUUUUGCGCUGCGAAAGACAGACCCUGCACCGAUUGCCGCAGUCUAAAGCUAUUGUCUUUGCUUUCCAUACUUAUACCUAUCCGGUGCAGCAAAUAAAAAACGAAGGCAUGGGGGAAGAGCUGGCGACUGCAAUCGAAGGGCUGAAGAAAGGCAAUGUCCCCAGAAUCUAUUCAUACAAGAGAGGUGAUAUUUGGGGCCAGGCCGUGACCGAGUUCCUCAGGGCUUAA